AUGUCGGGCAUUGCCGCUGUGGUGAAACUGAGGAAGGCCGGUUACACGGAUCUGACCGUCUAUGAAAAGACAGACAAGGUUGGCGGUACGUGGCGGGAAAACCAGUAUCCCGGUCUCUCCUGCGACGUGCCCUCACGCUGGUAUUCCUUUUCUUUCGCGCUCAAUCCAGAUUGGACUCAUCGCUUCUCCUAUGGUCCUGAGAUUCAGGCCUAUAUGGAAAAGACGGCAAACGAUUUCGGUGUCACGGACAUUGUGAAAUUCAACACGCCUGUCACAGACCUGACCUAUGCGGCUCCACACUGGCGGCUGACCACGGGUGCGGGCGAGGUAGAGCAAUAUGACAUCGUCAUCUCAGCAACCGGUGUUUUGCACAACCCUGUUCUCCCAAAGAUAGAGGGUCUAGAUAGCUUUGAAGGCGACAUGUUCCAUACAGCCAGAUGGGAUCACUCGGUGCCAUUGGAAGGGCGCAAGGUCGGCAUUAUUGGUACUGGUUCUACGGCUGCGCAGAUCAUCGGUGCGAUCACAAGUAAGGUCGGAACGAUGAACGUGUUCCAGCGGACGCCACAAUGGAUGAUUCCCCUGCCACAGCGGGAAUAUCUGGGCAUCACAAAGUGGUUGAUGCGCACAUUCCCAGCCCUUCAGAAACUCACUUACAAUUUUUAUUUCAAAACGAUGGUGAAGCAUUUUGGUCAGGCCACUGUUGGCGACCAGAAGGAACUCGCGAAGAUCCAGGAAGCUUGUUCCAAACAUUUGGAAGAUGCGGUGAAAGAUCCGGAGCUUCGCGCAAAACUUACACCGGACUAUCAGGCGGCUUGUAAACGUCUGAUUUUCUGCUCGGACUUUUAUCCCGCGAUUACCAGUGACAAUGCCAAUCUCAUUACCGAAGGGAUUGAACGUAUCGUCCCGGAAGGGAUUAAGACGGUCGACGGCAAAACCCACGAACUGGAUGUUCUGGUUCUCGCAACGGGCUUUGACGCCACGUCCUUUAUCCUGCCCACGAAGGUGACCGGCGAAAACGGCCGUGAUCUGGGUGAGGCAUGGGAUGGCUCACCCCGUGCGCAUCGAGCGGUUGGCAUGCCUGGUUUCCCUAAUUUCUGGAUGCUGGAAGGGCCGACCGGCCCUGUCGGCAAUCUGUCUCUGAUUACAAUUACAGAGCAUCAAGUUGACUAUGUAAUCGCCAUGCUCAACAAGAUGCGUGACGAAGGCCUGGAAGGCAUCGCGCCAAAACAAACUUCCUUUGACGCCUAUAAUGCAGAGAUGCAAGCCCGCGUGCCGACAACAGUAUGGGCCAGCGGCGGCUGCGACAGUUGGUACUUCGACAAAUCAGGUGUGCCCAAUCUCUAUCCCUUUUCGCCAGACCGCUACCUGAACGAUAUGCAUGAUCCUGAUUUUUCGGAAUAUCGAUUGAUCGCUGACAGUAGAGAGUCGGAUGCGGUUCAAGCUGCCGAAUAA